AGCAUAUAACAUGUCUAGAUGUUGGUGUUUAUUGAGUUAACCUAUUUGCUGUUUAUUUUUUGGUGUUUAUUGACUUAGCUUAUAAUGUGCUUAGUUGUAGAGUUUGUUAGGUUAGCCUAUAAUGUUGUUUAAUUGUUGGUGGAUCUGAGUAGGGCCUGCUGCCAGCCUUAAAAAAGGUAAUGCCAAGGGCACAUCAUAGAAACUGUGUCAUGCAUAUAUGGAAGAACUUUAUUAAUAGGUUCAAAGACAUGCACAUUAGAGACAUUGUGUGGGAGUGUGCUAGGUGUACAACUGAACCAGAAUUCAAGGAGAAAAUGGAUAGGCUGAAGGGGGUUAACAAUGCGGCAUGGGAAUAUUUGAUGAAGUUUGAACCUACCAUCUGGGUUAAAGCCUAUUUUAGUCAUGGACCCAAGGUGGAUAACCUGACUAAUAAUAUGUGUGAAGUGUUCAAUGCAAAGGUAGUAAAAUACAGAGUAAAACCAGUUUUGACAAUGUGUGAGGAGAUUAGGUGCUACUUAAUGAGAAUGAUGACCAAGCACAUUAGAUUGUUAGAACACCAUAGGGGUAAGUUAGCACCAGUUCAAGAGAAAAGGUUGCAGAUGAAAAUAAAACCAAGCAGUAGGUGGAUAGCUGAGUGGGUGGGGGACAAUGAAAGAAAAAGGUUUGAGGUAACCAGAAAGAAGACGAAAGUGGACGUGGAUCUAAUCAAGCACACCUGUUCAUGCAACACCUGGCAAUUGACUGGCAUGCCAUGCAUACAUGCUAUUGCUGCUAUCAGAAAGAGGCAUGACCAGGUUGAGGAUUACGUGCAUCCAUGGUUGUGUAUGGAGUCCAUUCACAAGACGUAUGCACAUUGCAUCAAGCCCGUUCCUAGUGAAGAAUUCUGGACCACAACGGAGCAGUUGAGGCCUGCCCCGCCACCUAUCAAACGGCCUAUUGGGCGGCCAAAGGUGCACAACCGCAACAAGGACCCUGCUGAGGCUCAUAUGCAAGGAGAAAAGCUGAAAAGAAGCUUCCAGGUUACAUGUAGCAAGUGCAACGAGAAAGGGCAUAAUUAUAAAACUUGUAAAGGAGCUCCAAGCAACCCGACAACCCGACCAAAGAAGAAGAAACCCAAGAAGACAGUUGACAACUCACAAGCUCUGGUGCUGCUUCCCCUUUCAAAAUCAGCCCCUCCACCAGAGGAUCAAAAUCAAUCACAGGGUGAAAAAAUGACUGAACCUAGUACUGGGGAGGCAGCUGGGUUUGCACCAGUUCCUGCACCAUUUAUGGCCCAACCUUCAGCUCCAGCACAGACUCCAUUCAGACCUCCAUCCCAGGUACCAAGAAUGGACCAACCAGACUUCAAUGCUGCUGCACAUACUUUCAGACCCAAGCAACCAAUUGUUCGACCACCAACAAGUGCAAAUCCACCAACAAAUCCAACACCACACACAAAAAAAACUCCAACCAGCAGGGGACCCUCGAAGGAGACCAUGAAAGCAGCUACCAGUGCCACAAAGAGAAUUCUCAAGCCUCAGAAGAAGUGA